ACGAGUGGUGGCGGCGCUAAUGUAGGUAGUUGUAGCAACCAUAAUGGCGACCGACGGGUUUGGACUGGCCGUGUAUAUAUAGUCUGUUCGGGAUUUAACUAAAUAAGCUACUGUGAAGACGCACGAAUGCGUUCUAUUGUCGCGCACAAUGUUGAAAACUAGGUGCCACUUCUGGAGUGAUUUGAGUAGCCAGCCUGAAAGUGAAUAAUGUGGACUUUUUAACUUGUGCAUUGCUGAGCUUUUUGCAGUUUUUAGAAAAGAAAUAUGACAGCAUCACUAAAAGGACAACUAGGGACCAAAAGCAGUGCACUUUCACCAACAUCCAGUAAAUACACUACCCAGCUUUUGGUUUUGGAUCAUAUGACAAAUCAUUACAGAAAAAUCAGCACUGCUAAGCCUGCAAUUGAUAAUGCACCUCCAAAGUCUAUGUUCUCAAGUCAAAAGAUGCGCGACAGAAAAAACAGGCGGCUUAUUGAAAAGUAUGGUUCGCGGCCCACGUCACGCAUGUCAUAUCGUCCAGAGUCAAGAGAUGAUGAUAUAUAUGAUGAGACCCAGUGGGAUGAACCAGAAGAUGAAGAGGAGCGUCAGGUUCAGGAAAUUAUGCGCACCACGCUUCGUGUGCCCAUGAAGGCUUUACCUCAGGAUAGUACAUUGGUAACAACUGGGUUACAGUCAGAAGUAGGAGGGCUAGGCACCAGAAUGAGGCCUUACUCAACCACAUUCCAAGGGAUGGCACAGGCAGUGCAGAGCACAAACUACCAACAGCGGCAGCGACCUAUGUCAUCUCGAUCCGCAACAUCCCUUGCUAGCAAUGUGUCACAUGCAUCUCGUGCUUCAAACCCUCUGAAGGUCACAUAUGAUGGAGAUGUUUUGCAUAAGCAUGCUCAUGUUUUUACAGAGCCCCAGAAACCUUUUACACCACGUACAUUAAAAAGCAACCGAGAGUCACACUUGAAAAUGAAGGGAAAUAAGUAUUACACUCCUCCAAAGACAACUAACUUACCUUAUGGAAACAAAAGAGGGGAGGACAGCCAUGAGACAGAUAGGAACAAGGACAGUGCACCUCAAGCCAAACCCAGGAAGCACAGCCGAAUCCAAGAUGGCAGAGAACUUGACUAUACAGACACACUAACAGAGUCAAUGCUGAUGGAAAUGAGUCUCCAGAGCCAUGCACCAUUGCGCAGUGAUGGUGACAGAGGAACCGUACCUCCUCUGAACAUUUCUCUGGACAAAGACCACCAGAGCUGGUUGCAGGAGCAGGCUUCAAAAGCUCAGAUCAGAGUUCGAAAUGGCAUUGUUAAAUCUGAUGCCUUUUCUGAGGACAUACAGGAACAGCCUGACAGUAGCAUUGCUUUGGGCAACACAGAUGUACUUCGCUUCACUCGAACUGGGAUGCCUACAAAGUACUUUGGUAUUAAAUCUCCAACUGGUCGUCGUCUAAGUCAGGCAGAAGAAGAACAGAAGUAUGUGGCAUUUGCUCAAGAAGUGACACAGGAUAUAGUUAACAGAGGAGUUUGCAGUGAUAGGGUUUUACAUAGAAUAUUUGAAAACCACAUUGAAAGAAAAAAAGGAGAGCUUGAGGAGAGAAGACUGCGUGCCAUAAUAACAGAUAUUCGCAUGGACCUUGGGGUACAGUUUGUCUCAGCAGAAAAGAGCUUAAAAGAAGAUCAAGAUCUAUGCUUUGCUGAGGCAAUAAAAAAUGGAGAUAAAAAGAAAAUGAAUGGCAACACCACAGAAACAGGAUCUUUAGAAAUGACUCAAAAUACAUUAACAUUUGGGGAAACUACUGACGUAUUUAGUACCAUAGGCUCGAAGGUAAGAAAUGACAGUGGGGAUGAUUUGUCUGUAACGCAAGUCCUGAAACAGUAUCAGAUGGACCUCACUGUUCAAGAUGCUGAAUCAGAGGAACAUGCUCUUAAGGAUCAUGGGGACUACUUUGGUUCUAAAGAAGUCGCAGAGGAUGGUCAGCAUGAUGCUGAAUUGGGCAUGAAUGGAGAUUCUACGCAAUAUCCCAAGAUUAAUGAAGAUGACAGAGGUGAACAACAUGCAAAGUCCUCACCACUAGUUAAACCAAGGAAGUUGUUGAGACAAAAUGCAAGUGCUGCCAAGCAGCCUGAAGUAGAGAGUGAUGCUGAUGCAGCAUCAGAGUUGUCAUGCAUUCCAGCACACAAAUACAAUGACAGUCGUCAAACAUCAGCUCACGGGACAGACACCGAAGAGACUAGAGAGGAGGAGGCUGACGAAGAAUAUGAGGAGGACUAUGAUGCUGAUGAAGAUGAUGGACGUGAAGGAGAUUUAGAGAGAAAUUCAGAUGAUGAUUUUUGAGGGUGUUCCCCCUGUUCUUUAAUACUUCAGGUGGUGCAAAUUGUAUAUUUUUCCCCAAUCAGAAAUCAAUCUUUUGAUGAUGCAAGCCUUCAGGGUAGUAAAAGGACCUUUGACUAAUGAACGGACAGUACUGUAGCUAAUAGGGUAAAUAGGGUGACAGGAUUUUCUGUCAAGAAACUAUACCGUUGUUAUUUUUUGCUUGAGACUUAGUUUAAAUCGGCUGAUUGUUCAAAGAAAACUAAUAUGUACUAUUUCAAAUUAAUAUUUACUCUGUAUUUAUGUGGUCCGAUUUUCUUGGUAACCAUCAUUUUGUGUAUUAACUGCAUAAUGCAGUUUUCUAGAGUCCUAAAACCAAACUUAGCUGCGUUUGAAAUGUUCUAAAGGUCUCGUGUAUAAUUAUUGAGGAUUACCAAACUAUACUAUGUUGUAAAUAUUAGUAAGCUAUGCUAUGUCAUAAAAAGAUGAACAUUUUGUUUAUUUUACUUUAUUAACAUUUUGUCCUUUACUGUGUAACUUUCAUGAACUUGCUAUUUGCACAUAUUUAUUCUUUUUGAAAUAUAUAUACACUGGAACAAUUUGCACAAAGAAGCAAGAAUUUUAUAGAGCUAUUGUUAUACUCUUUUUUUUUUCCACCUACAUAAAAUGUAACCUGAACUUUGCUAUAUAAAACACUGAUGGAUUAUUACAAUUUUAGAUGUCUUUACAUCAGUCUUGUGUACUGAAAUGCCAGUUUUAGAAGAGGUGAGAAUUUGCUAACCCAUGGCUGGGCUUCAAGUAGUUUUUCUAGAAGAAGCCAUGCUAGAAAAUUAACUGCUGGAUAAGUUGAGUAAAUUCUCAAUAAAGUUACCUUGAAAUAUAUUUCUGCACGAUUUCAAGAUUGACAUUAUUUCAUCUGAGAAAUGUCAUGCUUCACUUGUCUGUCUUUAUGAUCUUUACAAUAAUAAAAAAACAGAUGUUUAUGAAAUUACUGUGAAUGAUAUACAGCACAUCCCAGGGAAUGUCAGAGUAUUGUCAAGAUGGUGAGUUGUCAAUAGGUAGUCUGGUCAGAUGGUGAUGUUUAUGGUGUUGACAAUAAUGAUGAUAAAAUUCUAAAUUUUGUAGCCGAUUCAUACAUGACUAUUGUUUUUCCCUGUAAAGUCUGCAUACAAACCCUAAUGACUCCUGGAAUGCAGAAAAAGUUGGCAGAUACAAUACCCAUUUUGCAAUUACUGAAACAAUGUUUGCCCCUUAUUUAAGGAAAUUGUUUUUUGUAAAAUUAAGUAACUUAAUUUCAUAAAUUAAUUUUUUGUAAAUUUAUUAAAUCAAGACUACUAGACCAGUAACAGUUUUCUUGUUUACAGACUGUUGAAAUAACAAAGUGUUGGAGGAAGAGAAAGUGCACGCAUACAUUUAGAGAGAAAGAGACGUAGACUUUUUUAAUUUUAGAGCUUGUGCAUUAAUAUGAUAUGAUUUUGUUUUAAACAAGCAUGUAACACUCAAGCUGGACACUAUGUACACAUUGAUGCAAUAAUUUACAGAAGUUGAUCUCAGCCAGAUGUUUUUGUCUGGCCCCUGUUUCAUUGGCUGUAAUUUUCACUGAGAAUGUCCUGUCUUUGCCAAAACAUUUAUUGAUUCCAAAAAUAUACUAUCCAUUUUUUUUUUAUAGAAUGUAUUGGUUAUAUAAUACUGAUAAUGUAUCAUUAAAAUACAUUGGAUGAAGGAAGCACCCUAAGUUCUAUACUGAAAACUCUAAUGACGCCUAAAAUGUAAUACUACAGUCUUCUGGCAGCUGUACGAUUUUUAGAGCCAAGCCCAACAAACCACAUCCGUCCACAUGAUUCACAUAAUUCAGUGUAACUGUCUGCGUGCAUUGUUGACAAUGGUUUUUCCUGCAUCAUAGCCCAUGUCAUUUUAUUCCUACGAAAUGUUUCAUUGCUAAAUAUUUAAAUGUGUUUUGCAUUUAUAACAGUACUGCUAUCAAUUGUGGGUCCAAAAAAUGUCAGUUUAUUUUGUCUAAAGCUAAAGUGUUUUCUACCAUGCUGAGCUGAUAAGAGUUGAGAGUUGCUUAGUGAUGAUUGUGGUGUCAUUAGACAAAGAUGAAAUUGUUUAAUCUUUCAUAGCUGUGUACUUUAAAAACUGCACUUUUUAGUGAAAUGGUAUUGUAUCAUCAAUACAAGACAAAAUGGGUUACUAGUGCUAGCUUUGGGAACGUUAAAGCAGUGCAUGAGCUUAUUAUAUUAUCCCAUGUUAAUAGAUUGCCCAUCAGAAAGACUUCAGAAAUUACUAGAGGAAUGAAAUGAGAAUUCUUAAUGAUUAUCAGUCAUAAUUUUACUAUUAUUGUCUUUUCUGUCAGAACCUUACAUUUGCAACAAAACUAAAUAUACAUUAAGAUAGGCCAAACUGACUUUUUUGUGUAUGUGUGUGAUUGCCGCAUGUGAAAGAGAGAGAUAAAGAGAAGGUUAGGGUUAGAAAUGAAAUAAAUAUAUAAAUACUGCAAA